CAGUUCAUAUCAGAACGUUGCACAAGCUGCACUUAAGUCGCGCUUAAAAUUUAUGUAAUAUUUGAAAAAUGUGCGUAUUUCCGAGAAUACAGUUAUUUAUAUUUUGCGCGCUUGUUUUAAUCGUAAGCACUGAAGGAGAUCUAUGUACAACGCCAAACCGUGUGGCUGGCAAAUGCGUAAAUAUUAAGACUUGCAAAACUUUAAUGGCCAUCGUAGAGAAGCAAGCCAAAACAGACUUCGACUAUUUUAUGUUACGACUUCAUGCUGAUGUCUGCUCCUACACAAAGCAACCAUAUAGUGUGUGUUGCCCGGAUGUAGAAGAGGUGUCUACAAUUCCUGAUGCAACUGGUCAGGUGUGCAAAUCGCCAAUGGGUAUGCCUGGUAUUUGUUUGGACGCAAAUGAUUGCUUACCCAUAGCAAAACUUUAUGAAAAAGUUCAACCGACACAAGAAGAAAUGAAAUUUUUGGAUGAAAGCAGAUGUGGUGGUUCAGAGGAAGUGUAUUGUUGUCCAACGGAGGCUUACCCUGUACCAGAAGCGCCAACUAUCACAACAACAGCCGCUUCUAUAGUAAAUAAAUGUGAAACACCUAAUGGUGCUGACGGCACUUGCAUUUCCGUUAUACAUUGCGAAUCGCUGAUGCGAGUUCUACAGAAAACUGAUUUUUAUGAAAACGAUGCCAAAUAUCUGAAUGCUAGCUUUUGUGGUGAUGGCACUAAAUUUCCAAAAGUUUGUUGCCCAGAGUCAACGGUGACGGAAGAAUUAAGUUUACCGCUGCCGCCAUAUUGCGGUGCAGUAUUUCCAGCUGAAAAUAAUUUCGACCCCGGUACAAUUACCAGCAGCGAAGAAUAUCCCUGGACAGCGCUGCUCCUAUACACAAAAAUGAGUAAAACGAGUCCUUACUGCGGCGGUACGCUUAUACAUGAGCGUUAUGUACUCACCGCGGCGCAUUGUCUGUUUCAGAAUGAGCCAGAGUGGACCUUAACCGGUGUACGUUUGGGUGUGUGGGCUACACCGGUGAUGCAGGAUUGUCAAAAUCCGGUGCUGGCCGAUCAAAUCGGUUGUGAGUCAAUCACCAUCGAAUUGGCCGUGAGCAAAGUAAUCAAACAUCCCGAAUAUGAAUCAUUGUUCAACGAUCUCGCGUUGCUGCAAUUGGCCGCGUCGGUACGUACCACACGUUACAUAGCACCGAUUUGCUUACCCUUCGAGGCCGAACACAUAUCGGCCAGUUUUGUUGAUGGUGAGGCACUGCAGAUAUCCGGUUGGGGUGCGCACAUGUUCAAAGAAGUAGCAGAUUUCAAAAUGAAAUCUAUUGUUUAUAUAUCAAGUUUGGAACAGUUUAAGGAUCAUUUUUUGACUGAAGCGUUCAUUAAUUUGACAGCAAAACACGUUUGUGUGAGGGGUAAGGGUGUUGAUGAUAGCACAAUUUUAGAUUCUGGUGGCGCGCUAAUGUCGCUAGCGAAUGUUGGAAAAAUGCAAUCGCAUUUUUUGCUGGGCGUCGAAGCUAUGAGCUAUGAAAUUUCGCCAGAACAUGGUUUUCCAUUUAUUUUUACGCGCAUUAGUGGGUAUUUGGAUUGGAUUAAAAGGGAAAUUCGUGGAAAUUAAUUAAUUUGCGGAAGUUAGUGAAAUGCGUUCACUUAAUUAAAUUUCAAAAAUAAUUUGCGUCGAUUAUUUUGGAUUUGAAAAAAAAAACUAAAUAAAUGACCGAAGUAUUUAUUAAAUUAAUAUUAAUGUAUGUAACGUAGCCUUUGCUUAAAACUUGGCAGGCCUAAAUUAAAGAAUAAAUAAAAAUAUUUCAAAUAAA